AUUCUUUCUACAUUUCACACACGAUCUUUCUCUCUCACCCUAUGUCUCUCUUCUACGAAUCGAAUUCUUAAACAUCUCGUCUGUAACACUAACCAAACACUUCUCUUCGUGCCCUUCCUCCAUAUAUCUUCUUCAUACAACAACAACAGCAAUUGCCCUUUCUUCGCAGCCAUUUCUUGAUGAAUCAUUGAGGAAUUUGGGGUCAAAUCUGGGUUUCAAGCCUGAAUUCGGAAGCAGCCGUAUAAUCUGCUCUGUUGCAAUCGCGGAAACAGGGGCAAUAUAACAAAAACCAUUACCUUCACCUUUUGAAUUUGUGAUUAGAAGACUGAAAUUUAACGACUACAAGUUGCCACUUGCAACCUCACAGGAUCUUGAUUCUUGAACGUGAAGACAAAGCUAAGUUUCUUUUUGAACUCUAAGGUUACAAGAUUAUUGAGUGUUUGAAAUAAUGGCAGUUCUGAUAGAAGGUCUUCCUGAUGCAGUGGCGCUGAGGUGUCUUGCGCGGGUCCCAUUCUACCUCCACCCGAGACUCGAACUUGUGUCCCGUGCAUGGCGGGAUGCGGUCCACAGCACCGAGCUAUACAAAGCGCGUAAAGAAGUCAAAGCCACGGAAGACUUUUUAUGCGUAUGCGCGUUCGACCCUGAAAACAUGUGGCAACUCUACGACCCAAACCGCGACAUUUGGCUUACACUUCCGAUAUUGCCCUCGAGAGUCCGCAACCUGGCCCACUUUGGUGUCGUCUCCACCGCCGGAAAGCUGUUUGUUCUGGGUGGCGGCAGUGACGCCGUUGACCCGUUGACCGGCGACCAAGACGGGAGUUUCGCAACAAACGAGGUCUGGGCGUAUGACCCGAUCGUCCGGCGGUGGGCCCCACGGGCUUCCAUGAUUGUCCCACGUGCGAUGUUUGCGUGUUGUGUUUUAGAUGGGAAGAUCGUGGUGGCCGGAGGUUUCACAACCUGCCGGAAAUCGAUCUCCAUGGCGGAGAUAUACAACCCGGAAAAGGAUGUUUGGGUGUCGAUUCCGGAUCUCCACCAUACUCAUAACUCCGCGUGUUCGGGGCUUGUGAUUGAUGGUCAGAUGCAUGUGGUUCACAAGGGUUUGACCACGGUUCAGGUGUUGGGGAGGGAGGGGUGGACAGUUCAUGAGCAUUCGUGGGUUCAGGGUCCCAUGGCGGUGGUUAAGGGUUCGUUGUAUGUGAUGAGUCAUGGGGUUAUAUAUAGGCAAGAGAAAGAGGUUAGUAAAGCAGUGAUUUCGGCUUCUGAAUUCAAGAAAAGAAUUGGGUUUGCUAUGAUGGGUUUUGGGGAUGAUGUUUAUGUGAUUGGUGGUGUGAUUGGACCUGAAAGAUGGAAUUGUGAUAUCAAGAAGAUGUCGGAUGUUGAUGUUUUGACACUUGGGAGUGAGCGGCCUGUGUGGCGGCAGGCGGCGGCGAUGACUCGGUGCCGGGGAACGAUUCUUGGGUGUGCUGAGUUGAGGAUUUAGGGGUUGUGUUUUGUUCUUGUUUAUGUUUUGUUUGACUUUGGUGAAAUCUAUCGGGAUUUAUGUCAAUAAAUCAUAUGAUAUGGCUUUAGAUACAAGGGUUAUAUUCGUUUUACGUUA